GUGGUGGAGAAGGGCCACAAUGUGGCGAAGCUCAUGAUAUCCGAGACGCUCAUGAAGAUCACCGACCCAGCUGUGAUUUUCUCUUUGGUUGAACUAGACCCGAAAAAAGAAACCAACGUCCCAGACGUGUGCAACGCCAUCUUCGCUGGUCCGAAGCCGGACGUGCUGAUCGACGCCGUGCGCACACCGGGCAGCACCGUGCACAAGCUGUCGACGGCGGUGCGCUACACGGCACGCCGGAUGGGGCUGCCCACGCUCAGCCUCACGUACGGCGUGCACAGCGACUACACGCUGAGCGGCUGGGAUCGACUGACAACGCUCGAGGAACAGUACUUGAUCCACAUAACACCACCGGGAGAAGUCUACACGCAGGUGAUCCGGGGCCUCUGUGAGAAGAUGGACCUCGCCACAGCCGGCAUCAUCUACGACAGAAGCGUCAUCAUUGACCACAAGUACGCGCGACUGCUGGAAAAUUUACCGACUAGACACAUCAUGCAAGAGACCGACGGCACCAGUGAGGACUUCAAGAGACAAGUGAAGCUCAUUCGCUCGACUGACGUGUGGAACUUCUUCGUUCUUGGCAGCAGCGACACGUUGAACCUAGCCUUGGGAUCUGAGUACUUCAGCUCCUACGAAUCCACAUCAAAAAUUCACAGAAACAAGUGGGACAACCGUCGGUAUGCCUGGUUCCUUAUUUCGAGGGAGGAUUACGUACCCAAAUGUUCCGUCUGCGACAAUCUCACCUUCAUCGUGGCCGAGCCGCAGGCGGCCAAUCAGGCUCUACUUACAGCAGCCAAGCAAGUCAACGGCUUUAACACCCAAACGGAAAAGGCUGACGCGGCGUUCUACAUUGACGUGACGAAGAUGAUCGUCGCAGCCGCUAAGGAAGAGAAAGCGAGAGGCACGCUUCCAUUCGACCUGGAGUACCCUACGUGCACUGACAUGAAGCUCACCAGCUCCAUGCUCGAGGCCCGCGAGAACAUCACACUCCGUAAGACAAUGAUGCAGCAACCACCGUUCGUUGUCCUGAAGAACACCAGCGACGGGGAGGAGCAGUUCGAGGGAUACUGCAUCGACAUGCUCGACGAUAUCAAGAAGAUGCUGAAGUUCGAGUACUCAAUCUACCAAGUGGCGGACAAUACGUACGGUGCCCUCGACAACAACACAAAGCAAUGGAACGGGAUGAUCCGGGAGCUAGUCGACAAGAACGCGGACAUCGCCCUGGGUCCAAUUUCGGUUACAGCCGAACGCGAGACAGUGGUGGACUUCACCGUGCCCUACUACGACCUGGUGGGCAUCUCGAUCCUCAUGAAGAGACCCGCAGUGAAGUCGUCGCUCUUCAAGUUCCUCACCGUGCUCGAAGAAAGCGUCUGGGGAUGCAUCCUCGCUGCCUACUUUUUCACCAGCUUCCUGAUGUACCUCUUCGAUCGCCUGAGUCCGUACAGCUACCGCAACAACAAGGAGAAGUACGCGGACGACGAGGACAAGCGAGACUUCAGCCUGAAGGAGAGCCUCUGGUUCUGCAUGACGUCGCUGACACCACAGGGCGGCGGCGAGGCACCGCGCAACCUUUCCGGACGGCUGGUGGCGGCCACCUGGUGGCUCUUCGGCUUCAUCAUCAUCGCCUCGUACACGGCCAACCUGGCCGCUUUCCUGACCGUGUCCCGACUGGACACGCCCAUCGAGUCCCUGGACGACCUCGCCAAGCAAUACCGCAUCAAGUACGCACCCCAGAACGGCACGGCCACGAUGGCCUACUUCGAGCGCAUGGCCGGCAUCGAGUCCAAGUUCUACGACAUCUGGAAAAAUAUGUCCUUGGAUGACACCCUGAGCGACGAAGACAGAGCCAAGCUGGCGGUGUGGGAUUACCCCGUGAGUGACAAGUACACCAAGAUCUGGUGGACCAUGAGGGAUAUCAACAUGCCCAUGGACUUCGAGGAAGGCGUGCAAAGGGUCAAAGAGUCCAAGGGCUCGCAGGAAGGGUUCGCUUUCAUCGCCGACGCGAUGCGAGUGCAGUACGCCACCAUGACCAACUGCGACCUCAUCUCUGUGGGCAGAGAAUUCAGCAAGAUGCCCUUGGCACUGGCCGUACAGCGGAACUCGCCCCUGAAGGACAUGCUUUCCAACGCGAUCAUAAAGCUGCACAGUAAAGGUCGCUUGGAUGGCCUUAAGGACAUCUGGUGGAACAAGAACCCCGCAAGAGAGAAUUGUGACGACAGUGACCGUCAAGGCGACGCCAUCAGCAUCCGCAACAUUGGUGGCGUUUUCAUCGUCAUCGGCAUCGGCGUCGUCAGUGCUCUCAUUUCCCUGGCCAUAGAGUAUUGCUGGUUCAGGAAGCGCAAACUUAACGCCAAAGUGAUCGCCGUCAAGGAACACUCUGGCAAGGAUUCUGGCAAGGACUCUGGCAAGGACUCUGGCAAGGACCCUGGCAACUCUACCAAGCGUUCCCUGAAGUAUUAGCAGCCUUCAACCGGGCAUGUCUCAUGAUAUACCAUACUGAACGACUCCUCCCCUGCUAGCCAGAAAUAGCAAUGCGCAAGAAACUUAAUGUGUCAUGAAAUGUUUGUGCAAAAGCGGCCUAGGUUUAAGUGCUUGCGCACGCCUGAAGCAGAGACAAAUGGAGCAGUUAUUUUAUUAAAUUUAUCAGCAGCAUCGCAAAAAUAAAGUGUAUAUGUGAAGGUACAAAAUUUUUACAAGGACCUAGGCCAAAAGCAAGAAGUGUGGGAGGGCCUCCUAUCAGAAUCGGACAAUUCAACUUUAAUAAGCACAGGAAUAGAUUGCUUAUACAGGUUCAAA